AGCCGCCGUUAAUCCCCAGGAGAAGAAGAAGAAGUGCGCGCUAGCAGGAGGCGGCUAACAACACGGAGCUAACAACACGGAGCUCCGCACAAGCAGACACCGGCACCGGGCUCGUUAGAGAAAGUCACCGGGAGACGGUCAGCACCGGGGACGCUCAGACGGACGCAGACAUGAGUGAAGUGGUGGAGGAAGCCGUGGACAGCCCUGCAGGGUCCGAGGAGGAGGUGGAGGACACGCAGGACACGUCGCAGGAAGAGCUGUCCAGUCUGAGUGGUGUGAAAGCAGCCGUGGUUGGUGACAUCAUCGAGGGCAAGCGGCCAAAGAAAACGGUCGACCGGCUCGAUUUCCAGGCACCCAAGCAAAAGGAGAAGCUCAAGAUUGGAGAAGGUAGUGGAUAUAAAUUGGGAGACAUUCCACGCACCAGCUUCCAGCUCCACAAGAUGAAGGCAGCUGAUCUGAAACCUCUUCACACCAUCCUGUUCGACAGGCCAGGAAAGACAGCCACGAUAAAGAAGAACUUGCGUCUGUUUAACGGAUUUGGUUUCGAUGCCGACAGUGAACAGUACAUCAAAAAACGAGACAAGCUCCUCAAAAAUUCAAAUUUCACCAACACAAAGCUGAAAGUUGUCUGUUGUGUUUUGGAUCUGGAGAAGAAAGGAACUCACACAGAUCUGGUCGACAGGAUCAUGACUUUCCUCAUUGCACCUAAAACCAGUGGGAAGCGUCUCCCUGUGAAGAAGAAGAGGAAAUCAAAGAAGAAACUGUCGGGCGACAACUCUGAGACACAGACCAAGAAAAAGAGCAAAUCCAAACCCACGAGCUCGUUGUCCAGUCCCAAGAAGUCCAAAGCAGGAAGCAAGUCCAAAGCCAUCGUCAUGGACUCCAGCAGUGACGAGGAAGAGGAGGAAGAGGAUGAGAAGGUGGGGGCGUCGGCUGAGGCUGAGGGAUCAGACAUGGAGGAGAAACUGUCAGAGAAAGAGGAAGACCAGUCCGACAAGUCGGAGCUUUCUGCAGACGAAGAGGAGGACGAGGAUGAUGACUCUUGGAAAUCGGAGCUGAGCAGAGGGAAGAGUGCAUCGAAGAAAUCAGCGCCAGUGAAAAGACAAAGGACGUCAGCGAAGAAGACGCUUCCUCCGAAGAAGAGAGCGAAGAAGGACGUGACCGACGAGAGCGACACACAACCUGAGGAGAAGCCCAAAAAGAAGAAGUCUCCUGUGGUCAAACCUGCAGCCAAGACAAAGAAGGCCGACAGCAGCAGCAGCAGCAAGAACAACACAAACACAGCAGACGACAGUUCAGACGACGAGCCGCUCAUCAAGAUGAUCCGGAGAGACCCGAGCGACGCCCAGCUGAAGGAGACCGUCCAGGGUUUGCUGAAGGAGGCGAAUCUGGAGGAGAUGACCAUGAAACAGAUCUGUCAGAAGGUGUUUGACACCUUCCCAGACCACGACCUGAGCAGCAAAAAGGACUACAUCAAACAGACAGUCAAAUCUCUCAUCACAUGAAGAUCAGGAAGUGGCUGUGAAACUUCACAAGAGAAGAGAAGUUCGCCAGAAACAAGUUUGUUUCAUUAGUUCUGUUUGUUUUCAUAAAAAUCUGUUUUAUACAUGUUUUUUAUAAUUAUGAAUGUUUCACAUUAACCCCACAUCGUUCAUCUUCUCAAAGCUCUCUGCUCGAGUCAUCAAAGAAGGAAGAUUAGGCUUCAAAUAAUAAGCAGUUUUGCAGGUUACAUAACAAGUAGUGGUUUGGACAUUGUAAGAAUUUGUGUUUUUUUGUUUGUUUUUUAUUUAAAACACAUUUUUACAAACCUGAUCUUUGCUUUUGACUCACAUUAUUAUUUUUUUAUUAAAAUGUGUUUAUUUCUCAUUGGAUUAAGUUAUUUUUGAGUUAAACGUUUGUUAUUAAUUGUCUUGAAGCUGAAAACAGUCAAACUUUUUUAUUGUGGAUUUUGGAUUUGUUCUUGAUUUUCUGUCAAACAUCAUAUACACUUUUCACAGAUUAACAAAGUCGUUUACUUACUGAUUAAAUUCUACCUUUUUU